AUGGCGUCCUUAGCAAAACGACCGCGACGGUCAGACGACUAUGAUCCUGCGCCAGUAGCACCCACAGCUGUUGCCAGCGGAGGAUAUUACGACAAUGUACCCGGAACGUCGAUGACGCGAUCCACUCUGGCGCCGCAGCCAUCUGGAAGUGCUUCUGCUAUGCUAGCGCCGGGCACAUCGUACUCAUCUCAUCUAUGGGCGUAUCCAGCAACAUCGGUAGCGCCAAAUGGUAUCAAUGGUACAUCCGCAGCGCUAGCAGCGACGAGCCCUCACCUCUCCUCCUCAAGGUCCCUAUCCGCCGCACCAGCGGUCGGCGGUGCACCUGCCGCUCAACCUCUCAGCUCUGACGAUGACGAUAUGGCACCGCCAAAGGGCGGCUCGCUUACAACCACUUCGACGCGCGCUCGCGGCCGCGGUCGUGGUCGUGGCCGCCCCAGAGGCAGAGGCCGUGGCCGCGGCGCAUCCACCUCCACCACCGUCGUUCACAAGCCCGACCUCGAAGAAUCGGAUUCAGAAGAACCCCCGAACCCGCUCGUAUUCCAAUGUCGCUGCUGCUUUCGACUGCUUGGAGACUCGUUGGCGUUCGUCGCAACCGACAUCGAUCUCGGCUACGUGAUCCUCUCGGACGUCUCCGAGAUCAUACAGCAAGACACCACGUACGAAACAUCUACCGAGCCGGGCAAAGAUAUUGGCUCCACUUUUGCACGUCUUCGCUGCGCCGGAUGUAACGCUGCUGUGGGCAGGAAUUAUCGUACCACACCGAGAGAUUUGGAUGAUCUCAGAGAUUGUUUUUCGCUCGAAGUGGAUGCCAUAUACACGUACCAGUUGGGAUCGAAUUAUACCCGACAGAAAGAGGAGGAUGACGAAGACCAAGAUGCUCUUGUUGAUGGUGGUGCAAGCGGCAAGCCCGCGAGGGCAUCGAGACCGACACAUGAAACCGUGCAGGCGGAGGACACCAAAGUGCUGAUCACAAAGAUGGAGCGAACUCGUGCGUUGACAAUCGAAUUGAGCGAUCGACUGAUCAAGGCUGAAGAAGAGAUCAGACGGUACAGUGCGCUGGUGGACAAACUGAUGCAAAGCGAGCAGAUUGCGUCUAAAGCACUGCGCAUCGAAGCAAACCCAAAAACAUCAUUAGCAGCGGACUCAGCCACUAUUCCGCCGCUCGGCCGCCAAGAGCAAAUCCAAACUGAUCCACCGCAGCAGCUGGACCCACGCGGAAAAGAACCAUCCUCACCAUCCUCAAAAGACGACCCACCCGCCUCGCCGCAGCCGAUCAAACUCGACUCUGACUUAUCCCAGUCCUCCUCGUUGCGGGAAGCGAGCAAGGAGAUCCGAUCGAAACCCAGCGCACCAGGCACGUCUACACGCACGACCCGGAGAAGCAGGUGA